UCCGAUAGCUCGGAUAUUCUAUAAACUUCCCCCAACACUUAUACUGUGUUUAUGAAUUCUAUCAUUUUUAAAGUUAUUGUUUUGUGAAACCAAAAAAACUCGCCGUAUAAAAACAGUUUUCAACAGCUAUUUAGAAGUUCUUCUUCGUUUUCCAUCUACGUAGAGAAACGAGCUACUUCAAAUAUGUCUGUGCGAUAAAAAUACUGUCUUCCUUUUGGCUGAAUGAAAGUUUGUUGACGACAUAACUUUGUUCGGAUGCCUUUGUGAAGAAAGCUGAUACCUUUGAUCUAAGACAGGAAAAAGGGUUUGUUAGGGCUGACCACGGGCAUAUUGGGAUGUACAUAGAGAUGAAUGGUACUCGUUUACCUGACGAAAGGAACGGGAACUCCCAUGGGCAUAUUCAACUUGUCCUUGGACCUAUGUUUUCUGGAAAGACGACGGAAUUGAUACGCCGAAUGCGGCGUUAUAAGAUCGCUAAUCUACGCUGCCUAUUGGUUAAGUAUGAGAAAGACGACCGCUACGACGCACAGGACGUAACCACACACGAUCACGCCUCGAUGGCAGCUAUUAAAGCUACAGCACUUAUGGACGUUGAGAACGAGGCUAAGAAACAUGACGUCAUCGGAAUUGACGAGGGACAAUUUUUUCCUGACACGGUCGCCUUUGCCGAACGUAUGGCAAGCCAGGGCAGAGUUGUAAUUGUGGCCGCUUUAGAUGGAACUUUCCAACGCAAAGGUUUCGCAAACAUACUUGAGCUCGUUCCCCUUUCCGAAUCUGUCAUUAAGCUUCAAGCUGUUUGUAUGAUGUGCUACAACGGAGCAGCAUUCACCAAGCGUAUUGGCAAUGAAACAGAGCUUGAAGUUAUCGGUGGUGCGGACAAAUACAUGGCCGUUUGCCGAAUUUGCUACACAAAGGACCCUGCGGAUAAAAAAAAGUAGAGAUAAUAAUCAGGCGAUCAAGCAAAGCUGAUAUGGCGUAAAGGUUAUUAUCGUAUCAGUUAGUUACGCAUGUAUAUGACCUAACUACUUUAUUAGACUAAUGGGUUACUGCAGAAGUUAAUCUUUUCGGAGAGGUAUACAACCUGCCACAUGUUUGAACGGUGAGGGAGAUUCAAUAUAGAUUGGAUAUGUUUAUCGGUUUAUAAUUUGCAGGAUCAAGCUUCGAAUCUUCUACUUUAGUAAAAUAGUCAUACCUACAUGAUUAGAAUAUUUAAUUUUCAUGGAGAAAAUUGAUGCAAAAAGUGACUCAGAAUUUAAUUUAGAAAAUGCGCCUUCCGAUGAAGAUCUACCUUUGAUGAACAGUUGCCCGAUUAAAAACGUGCGCAUACUGUACAAUUAAAAAAGGACGAUGGUCAAAAGAGAAAUAUAUUCCCGUUACAAAAUUUUACAAGAUAACAACAUAGUUCAAUCGUCGAUUAAUGCGAUAGUAGGCCGAUUAAUAUGUAAAUAUUAUCUUAUCAUACCGCCUAAAUGGACCAGCAUGUGCCAUGCAUUCAAUUUUCAUUAGCCAUAUCCCCGCAUAGGGGCGAUGUUCCAGACAAUUUGGUCAUACUUCCUCAGGUGUUGACGAGAAUCCUCGCAUUCUAUGAUCGAAGCACGACCCUACAUGUAUUAAUUCUAUGUCAAUCCUAAGAAUCCGAGUGUUCCUUUAUGUCGUAUUCACGUACAUACUCUAAGACGUUCAUUCAGAAUAUCUCUUAGCUACAAUACGCUGCUCUGAUGAGCUACUUCAUCGGUAGUAAUGUUUUCUCAGCGGAAGAAAAUGAAUACAACGUAUAUUUAGUUUAAUUAUUAUUAAUUAA